GAGGACUUCUCCCCACCUCCCGCUUAUAACUCUCAGCUUACCGAGGUUCACUCUACACACCGACAGGUCCAGGCCUGGAGUUUGUUGCCAGAGAACUUGGAAACAUUUUUACUCUCCUGACAGUGAACAGCCAUCUAUCCAACGACCGAGCACUUGGAUUUAUUUUCAAAGAGCGAGUUUGGAGAAGCAUCGAAGGCAGAUUAAGAGCUGACUUCUUCAUGUCCUCCCAGACAACACUCUGAACCUCUGUCUGACACCUCCUCUUCUUCUCCUGUCUGUGUGGCGCCCACUGCUGCCCAGGCUACCUAGAGAUUGGGCACAGCGCCAUGGUAACUCACAGCAAGUUUGACUCCGCAAUGAGCAGCAGCCUAUUGGAUUCCAGCAUGAGGCUGCCUCACCGUUACAAGACUUUCACCUCUAAGACGCAGUACCAGAUGGUCCUCGACACGCUCCACAAGCUCCAGGAGAGUGGGUUCUACUGGGGUCCCAUCACAGGAAAGGAGGCCAAUACCAUGCUGGCAGCCGAGGCCUCCGGCACCUUCCUCAUCCGGGACAGUUCAGACAACCGACACCUGUUUACCCUCAGUGUCAAGACAACAUCAGGCACCAAGAAUCUGCGUAUUCAAUGUGACAUGGCUUCUUUUUACCUACAAACAGACCCUAAGAACAUUCAGUCUGUUCCCCAUUUUGACUGUGUCCUCAAACUGAUCCAUUACUAUAUGCCUCAGAGCAAAGGGAACACUCGCAGUGGAAAUAUGUACUACAUUUACGCUGGAGGGGAGAAGAUCCCCCUGGAGCUCAUCAAACCUCUCUGCUGUAGCUUGUCCACCUUGCAGCACCUGUGCAGGAAAACAGUCAAUGGACAUUUGGACAUUUCUUCUAAAAGAGACCAACUUCCUCAUCCUCUUAAGGAGUUCCUCCAGGAGUAUGAUGCUCCUAUCUAGAGGUGUUGGGCUGAUGCUCUUGAAGGGGCAGAGACUUGGAUGGUUUCAGUACAGCUACAUUUGUAGUCAUGUACAGUGUCUGAGGAGUAAUGAUGAAGCAGUGUCAAGGAAGUCCCAGGACUGAGCUUGUGAAAAGGAGCAGUUUUAAACUGACAAGAUGUGUGCAGUUCUCAGAGAGAGGUCGGCAGUAGUGUCUUAAGGAAGAGACACUGGAUUGGGGACUAAUCCACAAAGAAGGCCAAGCGAAAGGGAUCACUGCUGUAAUCUGGGGGGGUAUGAAAGAGAGAUCUCCCCCGUUCUCCUCUGCCUCGCUGAUGACGUUCUGCUUACUGAAAACGGAAGUGAGGCUCACAGUCAGCUGUCUACAGUCUGAUGACGCACAGGUUCCCUCUGCUGCUGCUGCUAACCAGUGAACUGUGAGACUGUCUAGCUUAGAAAAUUCCCCGUCCAUUAAAGCUGGACUGGCUUUUACAAUCAGACUUGCUUUUUUGCUGACAUUGGGUGAUAAUCUUGAACUUACUAGACAUAUCCAUCCAGCAUCCUGUGACCAAGUGAACGCUGGAAAUUCACAGACAAUGGAAAAUUAGAGCACAAGUGAGUGGACUCUGCUGGCUGUCAGGGUGCCAGCCACAGUGAGAAAGGGCUGAACCUUUAUUUUUUUUUCUAGAAUCUUAUAAGAUGCUUUAAGAAUAGAAAAUGUGAAUAGAUGAUGUGUCACUAAUGUUUUCUUUAGAGGAAGGGCGUAUGCCAAACUUGCCUGAACAAGGUAACAGUUUGUUAGAUGACCAACAUGACUAUAGGCUCUUAAAUGAGUACCACUGCUGAGUCAGAAGUUUGUACGGCUUCAGCGGUGAGGACACAUAUACCAAAGAUGUAGUGGGUAUCUGUCUUAAACCAAAGUUUACAUGAUUGAAAAUGACAUGGUUAAUCUGUUUGUGUGCUGUCUUUUAUAAAGAUGUACUCUUGCUAGCCAAACCACUGGCUGUUGAUGCUUGAACAUAUUUGAGAAGGUUGACAAAGCAAGCAGACUGAUAAAACUUUGCACUUAUUUAUAUUUGUAUGGACGUUUCAUUAAUUUAUAAUAAAGAGUACUAUUUUUCUACGAAAUACGGUUUCAUUGUUUGAUUUGCUUUCUGAUGACUUGAAGUCUCAGUCUUUUGUCCUCACCAACAGUGACACAUGCUGCACAUCAUAUGCAUAUUAAUCUUUGGUACAGAGGUCAGGCCACAGGUUCACACUUUUUCAUGAUUUCCUCUUAAAUUUUACUAAGCACAAUUUCCUAUUUCAAACCAUGAGGGGAAACCAUUGCUCUAAAUGACACGGCAGUUUUAAAGACACGCUCAACAUAAACAUAUCUCAGUACAUUAUUAAUUUCUUAUCAUACUUCAAAAGCUUUGACGUUGCUCCUUUUAAGAUUAGUUUCCCUAGAAAACACU